GUCAAAGCUACCUAGAAUGAUCCUCGGCGGCGGUCAAGGAGGCUUUUUAGAAUGAUCCUCGGCGGUGGUUCACGGGACGAUGGGAGAAGAGUCCAUUGUUGUGAAUAUUGUCAGCAAGCGAACGAUUAACUUCACUGAGCAUGGUUCCGCACACGGGCCCUCCUGAAGAGGUUUGUUUCCAAAGGAGUGUUGGUCCACUCGGCGCUGGCCCCGUGCAGCCAACACUGCUGAGUGAGCCGCGGGGAUCGGCAGCAACAGCUCACGCCCAGCACGAGCACGCCUGCACCACGGUCACCAGCAUGCCUGUUCACUGGUCUUGGGAGAUGGAGACGCGCUUGAUCGAGUUGGUUCGUUCAAGCCCUGCCUUAUGGAAUGUGAACAGCCCCUUAUUCACAAAGAAAUCACUGAAGAAGAAGCUGUACAGCCGCAUCGCCACAGACCUCAAAGUUGCCUUUCCUAACAGAGAUGGUCUUACUUCAGAUGCAGUGAUGACGAAAUUUAACAUCCUGAGGUCGUCAUUCAAGAGGGAGCUGGCGAAGAUAAAAGCUAUAAAGAGUUCCUCUGGCACCAACCACAUUCCGAAGUGGAAGACAUUUGACUCACUCCGGUUUCUGACAGAUACUGUGUCUCCAGAGCCAAGUUUGACAGAUACUGUGCCUCCAGAGCCAAGUUUGACAGAUACUGUGCCUCCAGAGCCAAGUUUGACAGAUACUGUGCCUCCAGAGCCAAGUUUGCCAAACCUUGGUAACAACACAUUAUCUGAAUCACAGCUGUCUAAUGGCACCAUGUUAGUGCAUGUUGAUGCAUUCAUGAGUGAUGAUGAUAUAAACUACCAGAGUGACAGUGAGCCUUCACCUCCAUCAGUGCACACAUCAACCCCACCACCAUCCGUGCCCACAUCAACCCCACCGCCAUCAGUGCCCACACCAACCCCGCCACCAUCAAAGCCCACACCAACCCCACCUCCAUCACAGACCACACCAAUGCCACCUCCAUCACAGCACACACAAGGAACCAGACCAAAAACCAACAAGUCUAUCAAGCGUGUAGCAUGUGAUAAGACUUGUAACAGUAAAAGAACAGCUAGUGAAGAAGCAUUGGCAUUGUUAAAAUCUUCUUUUGCUGAACCCAUUAAGGAGGACCUCCCAUAUGCUGCAGGGAUCAUAGCGCGCAAUUGGAUAGCCAGCUAUCCUGAAGAAAUGCACUUACAAUUGCUCGCAAAAUUAACCACGUUUAUGGCGGAAGCAGAUAGAAAAGCACGUGCUGGAAAUGAAAUGAACCACUAGUUCAUAUGUAUUUCUCCCUACUCUAAAAGGGAAGAAUAAACCUUACUGACAUUGUA